AUGUUAGCAUUUAAAUUUCAAGAAAAUAAACGUGGGUGCGCCCACCAAGUUUCGCGCAGUGCACUGACCACCGACUCUCCAACAACGUGUUGGAUUCGCUCUCGCGGUCGCCGCUCCGCUCGCCGCUCCGCUCGCCGCAAACCGCUCCCGAGAAAAACGCAAAACGCGAGUGGCUGGUUUGCGCCGCAGCUCAGUUGUUCGAGAAACUUUGCACGAGACAAAGCGAAUAUCGCACGCGGCAAGCAGCAAGCAGCAAGCAGCAAGCGGAAUACUCAGAAAUCAGAAAUGGCCACUAACCCGUCGCGGCUCAGUGGCAGCCUGCUGGUGGUGGUGCUAAAAUAGGUCCUAAUAUAGGCCCUGACCACCGAGGAUGUGCAGGCAAAGUGGAAAUCUAGUGGCAGCAGAAGUCGCAGUAGCAGUUCCAGCUCUAGCAGAAGGACCUUUUCACACAGCUAUUCUGCGCCAUCGCACUCAGCUCCAUCGCACCACGCUGCUCCUGCUCCACACCAUGAUAAUGUCAGGCUGAGCUAUGGAGGUGGAUCCCACUCGCAGCCGGUGAGCA